AUGAUCGAAGCAGAGCUUGGCUCUGAGCUUGCGAGGCGCAGAGACGUCCGACCAGCGUCCUUAGUCCUUCGCAAGGCCAGCGAGCACUUCGCAAAGAUGAUGCAGCAUCCGUAUUUUGCACGAUUCUCCUGGCAGCGCCCCCACGACAUGAACUACAACAAUGAAAUGUUUCCCUCUCCUGGUCCUGUCUGGCCAAACAAGCUGCUGCCCAUUGAGAGCUGGCUUGAGGAUAACUUCGCAACGUUCAGAGGGGAGCUUGACAAUCUGCUGGAGAAGCCAGGACUCUUUGAUGCCUUACACGAGGCGGAGAGGAAUGCAGAGGCCUAA